AUGGGCGCUGCCGCGGCGGCGGCGGCGGCCAAUGGGAGCGGCGGCGCCGGCCCCGGCGCCCCCCGCCCCCGCCUCCCCUUUAGAGGCGCGGCGGGCGGCCGGCGGCACACAGCCCUUCGCACCGGCCCCGCGCAGCACCGGCACCGGCCCCGCCGCGCGUAUGGGGGCCGCGGCGCUCGGCCCCACAUAACGGGGGGGGGGGUGCCUAGCCCCGCCACUCGCCCCGCCAUGCCGGCCGAGCCCCCCCGCUCCGCGCCGCCGCCGCUCCGCGCCGCCCGCCGCAAGCCGCUGCCCGAGGGCAGGGCCGUGGGCCGAAGGGCCCCGCUGUGGCUGCGGGCCCACUUCCAGGCGCUGCUCUUCGCCCUGGGCUGCCGGAUCCAGCGGCACUGCGGGAAGGUGCUGUUCGUGGGGCUGCUGGUGUUCGGGGCGCUGGCCGUGGGGCUGCGGGUGGCCUCCAUCGAGACCGACAUCGAGCACCUCUGGGUGGAAGCGGGCAGCCGGGUGAGCCAGGAGCUGCGCUACACCAAGGAGAAGCUGGGCGAGGAGUCGGUCUACACCUCCCAGAUGUUGAUCCAGACCCCAAAGAGGGACGGGGAGAACAUCCUGACGCAGGAGGCCCUCCAGCUCCACCUCGAGGCGGCCUUGGCCGCCAGCAAAGUCCAAGUCUCGCUGUACGGAAAAUCAUGGGAUUUGAACAAGAUCUGCUACAAGUCGGGUGUCCCCAUCAUUGAGAACGGCAUGAUCGAGAGGAUGAUAGAGAAGCUGUUCCCCUGUGUGAUCCUGACGCCACUGGACUGCUUCUGGGAAGGCUCCAAGCUGCAGGGAGGCUCAGCCUAUCUCCCGGGCCGCCCGGACAUCCAGUGGAGCAAUCUGGACCCUCUGCAGCUGAUGGAGGAGCUGGGGCAGUUCACGUCUCUGGAAGGCUUCAAAGAGCUGCUGGACAAGGCAGAGGUGGGACAGGCUUACAUGGAGCGGCCCUGCCUGGACCCCCGGGACCCCCAGUGCCCCUCCAGUGCCCCCAACAAGCAGAGCCAACAGAGCCCUGACAUCCCAGCCGAGCUCUCCGGGGGCUGCCAUGGCUUCUCCAGGAAGUUCAUGCGCUGGCAGCAGGAGCUGAUUCUAGGUGGCACGACCAAAGACUCCCAGGGCAAGCUGCUACGCGCCGAGGCCCUGCAGACCAUGUUCCUCCUCAUGAGCCCCCGGCAGCUCUUCGAGCACUUCAAGGAUGACUACGAGAUCCACGACAUCAGCUGGAGCGAGGAGAAGGCAGCUGCCAUCUUGGAAGCCUGGCAGAGGAAAUUCGUGGAGCUGGCGCAGGACUCCAUCCCGCCCAACGCCACGCAGAGCGUCCACGCUUUCUCCACCACCACGCUCAAUGACAUCAUGAAGUCCUUCUCCGACGUCAGUGCCAUCCGGGUGGCCGGGGGCUACCUCCUCAUGCUGGCCUACGCCUGCGUCACCAUGCUGCGCUGGGACUGCUCCAAGUCCCAGGGGGCUGUGGGCCUGGCCGGGGUCCUACUUGUGGCUCUGUCCGUGGCCUCUGGCCUGGGGCUUUGCUCGCUGCUGGGCAUCUCCUUCAACGCAGCCACCACCCAGGUUCUGCCCUUCCUGGCCCUUGGCAUCGGUGUGGAUGACAUGUUCCUCUUGGCUCACGCCUUCACCGAGACUGGCCAGCACAUCCCCUUCAAGGAGCGGACGGGCGAGUGCCUGAAGCGCACAGGGACCAGCGUGGCUCUCACCUCUGUCAGCAACAUGAUCGCCUUCUUCAUGGCAGCCCUGGUGCCCAUCCCUGCCCUGCGUGCCUUCUCCCUCCAGGCUGCCGUGGUGGUUGUGUUCAACUUCGCCAUGGUGCUGUUUGUCUUCCCCGCCAUCCUGAGCCUGGACCUGCACCGCCGAGAGAAGCGCCGGCUCGACAUCCUCUGCUGCUUCUACAGCCCUUGCUCCUCGCGGGUCAUCCAGAUCCAACCCCAGGAGCUCGCCGACGCCAACGACAACCAUGCCUGCCACCCGUCCCCCUAUGGUCACCCCGGCGUGGCCACCAGCACCCAGAUCACCACCACGGUGCAAGCCUUCACCCGCUGCGACCCCUCGGGCCACCACGUCGUCACCGUCCUGCCGCCCACCUCCCAGGUGUGCACCUCGCCCGCCGUGCUCCUGCCCCCCACCGCCGACCCCUUGGGCUCGCAGGUGUUCGCCCCAUCCAGCUCCACUCGGGACCUGCUGGCCCAGCUGGAUGAGGCCAAGGGCAGGAGGGAGUGCGUGCCCCUGCCCUUCUGCCGCUGGAGCCUGGCUGACUUCGCCCGGGAGAAGUACGCCCCGCUCCUCCUGCGCACGCGGACCAAGGCGGUGGUGGUGGUGUUGUUCCUGGCGCUGCUGGGGCUGAGCCUCUACGGCACCACCAUGGUGCACGACGGGCUGUACCUGACGGACAUCGUGCCGCGGGACACCAAGGCGCACGCCUUCAUCUCGGCCCAGUUCAAGUACUUCUCCUUCUACAACAUGUUCAUCGUCACCAAGGGUGGCUUCCACUACCCAGGCGCCCAAGCCGCCCUGCUCAGCCUCCACCAGGCCUUCAGCACCGUCAAGUACGUGGUGCGGGAGGGCAACCGUGACCUGCCCAAGAUGUGGCUCCAUUACUUCCAGGACUGGCUGCGAGGGCUCCAGGCCACCUUCGACAGGGACUGGCAAGCCGGGCGCAUCACCCACGACAGCUACCGCAACGGCUCCGAGGACGGGGCGCUGGCGUACAAGCUCCUAAUCCAGACCGGCAACAAGAAGGAGCCCUUCAAUUUCAACCAGCUGACCACGCGGCGGCUGGUGGACGAGAACGGCAUCAUCCCCCCUGACACCUUCUACAUCUGCCUGACGGUGUGGGCCAGCAACGACCCCCUGGGCUUUGCUGCCUCCCAGGCCAACUUCUACCCCCCGCCACCUGAGUGGAUCCACGACAAGUACGACACCACGGGCGAGAACCUGCGAAUCCCGGCAGCCCAGCCGCUGGAGUUCGCCCAGUUCCCUUUCUACCUGAGCGGGCUGCGUCGCACGGCUGACUUCGUGGAGGCGAUUGAGAGCGUGCGGGCCAUCUGCCGGGAGGCCGCCCAGCGCCACGGUGUGCUGAGCUACCCCAGCGGCUACCCCUUCCUCUUCUGGGAGCAGUACAUCGGCCUGCGACACUGGUUCCUGCUGGCCAUCAGCAUCCUGCUGGCCUGCACCUUCCUCGUCUGUGCCCUGCUGCUCCUCAACCCCUGGACGGCCGGCAUCAUCGUCUCCAUCCUGGCCAUGAUGGCAGUGGAGCUGUUUGGCAUCAUGGGGCUGAUGGGCAUCAAGCUGAGCGCCAUCCCCGUGGUCAUCCUCAUCGCCUCGGUGGGCAUCGGUGUGGAGUUCACCAUCCACGUGGCCCUGGGCUUCCUGACGGCUGCGGGGAGCAGGAACGUGCGCUCGGCCGCAGCGCUGGAGCACACCUUUGCCCCCGUGAUGGACGGUGCUGUCUCCACCCUCCUGGGCGUCCUCAUGUUGGCUGGCUCCGAGUUUGACUUCAUCAUGAGGUACUUCUUUGCAGUGCUCACCAUCCUGACGCUGCUGGGGCUGCUCAACGGGCUGGUGCUGCUGCCAGUCCUGCUCUCUGUCAUUGGGCCACCCCCUGAGGCCUCCCCGGUGGAUAACAGCCCCCACCUGCCCACGUCAGAGACGGUGCCCCCAUGUCUGGGUCCUGGGGGGCUGUACGUCCGCCGUGCCCCAGCCUGGCCCGCAACCUUCCCUGACCCCUCGGACACUGAGCGUUACGUGGAGGGUUUGGGGCCAGGCAGCUCCCGGGGACCCUUCAUCGUGCCCCCCGCCCCGGCGCACAUCCUGCUGGAGGCUGGCAAGGACCCCAGCUUCCCCCACAUCACAGUGCUGAAGCCCUACAAGGACAGCCCAGAAGCCCAGGGGAAAAAGGAGGCCCCCGGCUCGCAGCCUGCACCCCCACUGCCCUUUGUGGAGCCGUGCCCCGCACCGCCCCGAGACUACCCGCAGCCAUGUCCGCCGGGCACCCGGGUGGCGCCCCCCGCAGCCCUGCCCGCCUACAGCACCCACCUGCACGGUCCCGCCGGCACCUACACCACCGUCACAGCCACCGCGUCGGUCACGGUGGCCCUGCACCCCACGCUGCCUGGCUCCUACCCCAGCUUUGCCGGCGGAGAGCAGGACUGCCUGGAGGAGCCCGGCGUGCCCGGCGCCACCAUACCCGACACCUUUGAGAUGCAGAGCCUGGGACGGCGUGCGGCGGGAGCCCGGCGCUAGAGCAUCUCCCCAGCACCCGGCGGGCACAGGAGGGUGCAGAGCGGGGUCACCCGCGUCGUGCUGCUAAUCGCUGGAGCGGCGAUGCCCACUCUGGUCUCGGCCAAGGAGGACUGGCCUCCCCCGCCGACACCCACCAGAAAGGGGCUGGGCAGGGCAGGCUGGCACUUCUAUGCAAGCUGUGUGCAGGUCACGCCGUGCCCAAGUGUGCCCCACCUGGGGCUGUGCCGAUGGUGCCACAUCCCCUCACCCAGGGUUUGGGGUUACACUGCUCCGGGCUUGUCGCCUCCUCCCAGAAAUGGAAGCACUAACCCCCUCACCCCCUCUGUUUCUGGAGCUGCUGGCAAGGUGGGCUUGGUGCCCUGCCAGCUCCCUACCUGCGGGGUCACUGCCUGUCCCCCCACACCUCCUCCUGGGACAACCCCCACCCGGGCCAUGAUCUGGGGUGCCCCAACAGGGUGCCUUAAUGCCCCCCCAUCCCAAUAAGGGGGCCGCCCCAGAGCCACCUAUGCCCUGGGAUGCCGUGGGCAAGGCCUGGGGCAGGCAACCUCCUUCCCCCUUUAUUUAUUGCAAAGGGAAACUAUCUAUAGAGAGAUAUAUAUUUUUAAGCUUAUUUUAAAAGAUUUAUUUCUCAGCCUAUGGCCUCACCCGCUGCCCAGGGUGCAGGCAGGGAGGGGGCAGACCCUUUGCCGCUGCAGGGCUGCCUGCCAGAGGCAGUGGGGAGCCUGGGGUGGGGGCACAGACCCCCAGGUUCAUGCCCCUGCUUCACAGGGUGCUGGGUGGCCACGGGCAGCUCACCCCUUCUGACAGCUGCUCCCUGCCUCAGUUUCCCCACUGGUGAACACAGGAGGGCUGGAGAUCAAGGACGUGCCGCGGCAGAGUUAGGGAGCCUGUUGCUCCCGCUACACAGGCAGGGUUUUUGUGGGGGGGAGGGGGGUCGUUUGUCGCGGCCCCUUGUGCCACACGUGUUGCUCUGCCCUGGUGACGGCACGUGCUGGUGCACAGGGCAGUGCUCACUCACACAGGUGAGCUGCUGGGCACAUCUCACCGGGAAAGCGUCUUUCUCCCCAUGUCCCCAUGCAACGGGGCUGCCCUUGAGGCCAAGCCCUGUCCCCCAGCCCCAUCCCCGGCCCCAUCCCGGGCACUGGCCGUGCCCUUACCCAGCACUUUAACUCCAGCCGUGUUCGCCGUGCCCGCAGCCCCGGCUCCCCCCAGACACUGCCGCUGAGCUGGGGUGGCCCCGGGGACCCCUGUCCCCAUGCCAGGCGUGGGCACGGCGGGCAGGUCCCCUCCCCCACCCCCAACACGCCAUCUAAGUUAUUUAUAUCAAAGAGAGCAAAGGUUUAUUUUUGUAGUUUGUACAGGUGGUAGUGGGGACCGAAGGUUUAUUUUU